CCGGAGGAAUAAGAGCAGUGCCCGUCGCCGCAUGGAAACGCGUCUGGAAACAGGAAGUGGAGCUCUAAAGAGGUUUUGCCUUCAGUCCAAGCUUGUCUUGGUUUGCACAAUUAAACGUUCUGUUUACCUGGGAAUAUGGCAACCAACGUGCAAAUUAAGAUUGGAAUUAUUGGAGGGUCUGGUCUCGAUGAUCCAGACAUCUUGGAAGGGAGGACGGAGCGUUACGUAGAUACGCCCUACGGAAAGCCCUCCGAUGCUCUCAUAGUCGGCAAGAUAAAGAACGUGGAGUGUGUGCUUCUUGCAAGGCAUGGGAGGCAGCACACGAUCAUGCCGAGCAACGUGAACUACCAGGCCAACAUCUGGGCCUUGAGAGAGGAGGGCUGUACGCACCUCCUGGUCACCACCGCCUGUGGCUCCCUGAGGGAGGAGAUCCAGCCUGGAGACAUCGUCCUCAUAGACCAGUUCAUCGACAGGACGACCAAGCGGGCCCAGACCCUGUAUGAUGGGCACAGCAACAGCCCCCCGGGAGUGUGCCACAUCCCCAUGGCCGAACCCUUCUGCACCAGGACCAGGGAGGUCCUGAGGGAGGUGGCGUGCAGCCUGGGUAUAAAGCACCACUCGCGGGGCACAGUCCUGACCAUCGAGGGCCCCCGCUUCUCCUCGCGGGCCGAGAGCCUGGUGUUCCGGCAGUGGGGCGCUGACGUGGUCAACAUGACCAGCGUUCCAGAGGUGGUGCUGGCCAAGGAGGCGGGCCUCUGCUACGCCAGCAUCGCCAUGGCCACCGACUACGACUGCUGGAAGGAGCACGAGGAGGCGGUGUGUGUAGACAACGUGUUGAAGACGAUGAAGGAGAACGCCAACAAGGCCAGCAGCCUCCUCCUCACAGCCAUCCCUCUGAUCUGCCAGAUGGACUGGAGCUCCACCCAGAAGGCCCUGCAGUUAACAGCACAGUCCUCAGUCAUGUUGCCCAAACACUGAGAACCUCACUGGGAACACCUGGGAUACUGGACCCCUGUUCUAGCCCCUGUCACACACACACACACUCUCUCUCGCUCUCACACACACACACACACUCUCGCUCUCACACACACACUCUCGCUCUCACACACACAUACUCACCAGCUCAGUCAGGCACGAAACACACAUUAACAACCUGGAACACCAUCCUCUGAUAGCUUCCGAGGGAAGCGCUCCUUCCUAACAUCCGACGCACAAACACACACAAACACUCUCACACACACACUCUCUCUCUCUCUCUCUCUCUCUCUCUCUCUCUCUCUCUCUCUCUCUCUCUCUCUCUCUCACACACACACAUUCUCAUACACACUCAUAAAUACACACUUAUACACACACACACUUGGGUGUCCACACCCACACACACACACACCCUUGCGUGCCCAAAAACACACAGACAAUGGAUUAUCAGUCUUCAACGGCUUGUCAUCAGUGAGUCACAAUAAGAAAGUGCCUGGCAUGCAUGUUUUCUGCACCUACAUUCGGACGUUUUAAUCACGUACGGACUCCUCUGGGUUCUCUAGCAGGGUCGGCAGAUUGGUGCUUACACGCUCGAUCAACAAGUUGAUUAAAUUCUUAAUCAAGCAUCAUUAGCCCCCCCGAAAAAAUACAAACUCUGUGGGAUCAUUUCAAUUGAAUCUCAUUUAAAAUGACGUGAUUUUUGCGUCACUGUUAUUUAAUGAUAAUUAUUAUAUUCGUAAAGAUGCUGUUGUUUUGGUAUGAAGGAUCCAGAUUAUGUUCUCCAUCAGAAGCGGCUUGCCUGCUUCCAGGAAGGGGACUAUCAGUUGGAUCUUUUGAACCCGUCCAGUCCUGUUUGUUAUUACUGUUUCACUUCAACAUAAAGGGGAUCUAUGUGUACAAAUCAGAAGUUUCCCAAACUCUUUUAAAUAUUUUUAAAAGCUUUCAGCAAGACCUCAAUGUGAAAUCAAGUAUGAACAAGAUCGAGGACUGAGGGGAAAGAGAGGAUGGGGGGAGAGAGAGGGCUGGGGGGAG